AUGUCUACUCAACAAGGCUCCACAUUGGCCCAUGUUGACAUAGACUCAAACCCUAUCUUCGGAACCUCGACCUCACAAGACUUGUGGAAAGUGAAUGAGGUCUGGUUACACCGCGUAAUCUUUGGAACCGGAAAGGAAGCCUAUUCACUAGGACUCAUUUCUCGACAGCCGCUGAUCUUGAUGCAGUCCAAAAAAAUUAAGCUGAAAGCUAAAAAUGAAGAUGUUUCAUUUGUUAUCAAAGCGGCAGGGAAAUUGGCGCUUGAAGAUCAGAAGAAUAUCAAGCUCUUGGAUCGUUUUUGUCGGUUCUUGUUGCAUUUAGAUGAAACCCGCAAAUCAUCUGAACCCGACAGAUUUCUAAUUCCUAUUGUUAAAAAUAAGAUUGAUUGGAAAAGAGUCGAGGAUCCCUUCAAAGGGAUUUCCAUGGUACGGAAUGGAUUUACAACUCUAGAGAAGAUUUAUGAGCAAGAUGAAGGUUCAAAGUUGGAAUCGAUGAUCAACCGUUUUGCCCUCACGAAAUCAUUUUCCACUGGAUUUUCCAAUUCAAACUCAAGAGGAAAUCGAAUUUCGAAUAUAAUUCCUUCAGAUUCAGGUUCAAAGACCAAAGAUCAAACUUUUCUUCCCUUUGAAUUUUGGAGUAUUUCAGAUCGUAUAACUUCAGUUAUUUUAAAGAUUCCACGUAUUGAAUUCAAACCUGAUUUACAAGGAUUACCUUUUCAGAUUAAGGAAUGGGAGAAAAUCAGAAAAAAGUCAAUUAGACAAGGAUCAACUAGUCAACUAAAUAUUCAACUAAAGAACAUUGGUGAUAGUUUUACCAAAAGGGUUAUGUCGGUCAAACUAUUUCUUUCUGGAAAAUCGGUAGAAAAUCUCGAAUAUCUACGGAACCAGGAACUAAUGCCUGAAAACCUUUGUAGAUUACAAAAUGCUUUUCUCGAGUGUCAAUUCAUUGAAAGAAGAUAUAAAAAAAUUCCUUAUCUUUUAGGAGCUUGUUAUUUUUAUGAAGCCAAUCAACACUCCGCUAUGGUUUUGGGUCAGAACGUCGGUCUUUCUUAUAUGGAGAUAUUGGAAGAAGAUGAUGGACUGAAAUCUAGAGAAUCUCCUCAAAUCAAAACUGACAAUGACCUCACUGAUGCUGAAAAAGAAUUAGAAGCCAAGUUAAAAUAUAAAUUUAAUGAUAUCAACUUAUUAAGAAACGCACUCUCACGGAAAAAUCUGCGUGAAAACAGAAGACUUAAAUGGCUAGGGGAAGCUAUUUUAGAUGAUUGGACUACAUACGCUCUAAAGGAUGUUCUAGUGAAAUCCCCAAGACGGCGUCCGCUUCAUGCUUUGGCCUACAUGCAUUGGAAUGCGACUUUGUCGACAUGGGCAAGAAGAUGGCUUCAGCCUAUCAAGGGACUUGUUGAAAGUAAAAUUUUCGAAGUUAAUAAGGAUGGCAGAGCUCUAACCAAAACACAGGCUGACUUGGUACUUGUAUUGAUAGCUGUGAUGUGUAUUGAUUGUAAAGGUGAUUUCUAUCCUGAUUCUACUCUUGAUGUAGUAAUCCGUGGUAUGUUUCUAGAAGAAGUCAAAAAUAUCAAAAGUGAAUAUGGCUUACAAUCCUUUACAUGA